GUCCUUACGCGUGCUAUUUUAAGACUGCAACUAAAAGAGAACGAAAGGAAAAAAUGGGUUCUACUGAGUUGUUAUCGGAGCUGAUUCCAGCUUUACCUGAGGAAAUCGGACUCGAGUGCUUGACUCGAUUUCAUUAUUCAACUCAUCGAAUGUCAGCUCGAGUUUGCCGGCGAUGGCAAGAGCUUCUCCAAAGCAGACAGUUUUACUACCACAGAAAGAAAACCGGGUAUACCCAGAAAGCCGCUUGCUUGGUUCAAUUACUAAAGAGUGGUUCCGAUCCUGAUGGGUCCAAACAUGCUGGUCAGCCUAGGUAUGGUAUCACCGUAUUUGACCCCGCGAGUGGCACCUGGGACCGAGUUGACCCGGUUCCGAAGUACCCAGGUGGGCUUCCGUUGUUUUGUCAGAUAACAAGCUCAGAAGGAAAGCUUGUUCUCAUGGGCGGCUGGGACCCGACGAGUUAUGACCCGGUGAGAGACGUGUUUAUAUACGAGUUCACGACUCAGAGGUGGAGACAAGGGAAGCAGAUGCCGGAAACUCGAUCAUUCUUUGCGGCUGGGGAGUUGAAUGGACGAGUUAUCGUGGCGGGUGGUCAUGACGAGAACAAGAACGCUUUAAGCACAGCGUGGGAAUAUGAUGUAAUUCGGGAUGAGUGGACCCAGUUGACUCCGCUGAGUCAGGAGCGAGACGAGUGUCAAGGGGUGAUGAUUGGAUCGGACUUCUGGGUGGUGAGCGGAUACAGAACGGAUAAUCAAGGAAGAUUCGAGGGGAGCGCCGAGCUGAUGGAUUUGGGGACGGGUCAAUGGAGGCGAGUUGAGGAGGCAUGGAAGGGUAGUCAAUGUCCAAGGUCUUGCGUGGGAGUUGGGAAAGAGAAGAAAUUUUUCUGCUGGGCCGACUGUGAUUCGGCGAUACGAGUUGGAGUAUGUGCGGUCCCCUUGGGUGAAUCGACGUUUGUGUCUGGAUCAGCUUACCAGGGUGGUCCACAAGGGUUCUUUUUGGUGGAUGGACAGAAUGGACAGUUCAAGAGUAUAGAUGUUCCGGCCGAGUUCUCUGGGUUUGUACAGUCUGGAUGUUGUGUGGAUAUCUAAAUCAGCAAAUCUAAACCUACAUCUUAAAGUGUAGGUCACUCUGGUUUACACGAUCCCCGUUCUAAUCAAAUUGGGAAUUUGGGACACAGACGCCUCUGUUCGGUCCCCUGAUGGCAGAGACUCCCACAUCCAAGUUGGGUGUGCCUAGUAAAGACGGGUGAGCCAAAGCUCACAGUCCCAUGAUGAUGAUGUAGACAUAUUAAGAUUUGGAUGGAUAACAUUAACAUAUGUUAUCAUCACUGCAUUAAUGUUGAGAGUGUAUGUGUAAAAUCUAGCAAGCAUCAAGAUGAGUAUACUUGUAUAAAUAGAUUUUGUAAUAUAAUGUACAUUACCACCCAUAUUUUGUCUGCAGAUGUUGGUACAUUAUAACCCAUACUUUUGUUUGCAA